UGCCCCCACGCUGCUCCCUCGGCUGGGAUCGCGGCGUCUCCCGCUCGCCGCACUGCUCCACGCCUGGCCCGUGGGUCCGGAGGCGGCAGUCGUGCCAGGUGGGCUCGGGUGGACGGGUGCGGCGGUCGAGGCGAGGCGGCGGCGCGGGUGGACAGCGCGGAACCCAGCAAGUUCCUCGCAGGCGAUGUCGCCGGGCGCGGGCCCCUGCGUACGCCGGGCGCCGUGACAGGCCGACCGGGGAGGUGCGGACGGGGGAGGCCGCGACGGAGCUCCCGGACUGGCCAUGGGCUGAGACGCAUCCUCGAGGAGCAGGUGCAGUGACCGGAGGUUCUGGGGAGGGAACGCGCGCCACAGACCCCGGGAACCUCCGGCCCUUCCCAGCCUGGUACCCUGUUGACCUUCCCUUGGUUCCUGGGGAAAGGCCCUGAUGACCCCGCCUCCAAAGCUCGAGCGUACAGUCCCUGUGACACUCCACCAGUACCACCACAGCCUGUAGUGAAAGUGACUUUUCCACCCGUCACCAGAACAUGCCGGGGUGACUCUGUCCCAGAUCUUCCUGUGGCCUUCCUUGCUCUCCCCGGUGACACUAUGCAACCCCAGCGUGACCUGCGAGGCCUCUGGCUCCUGCUUCUUUCCUUGUUCCUGCUCCUCUUGGAGGUAGCCAGGGCUGGCCGAGCUGUGGUUAGCUGUCCCGCCAGCUGCCUGUGCGCCAGCAACAUCCUCAGCUGCUCCAAGCAGCAGCUGCUCAAUGUGCCCCAAUCUUUGCCCAGCUACACAGCGCUACUGGACCUCAGCCACAACAAUUUGAGCCGGCUGCGGGCUGAGUGGACCCCCAGCCCUCUGAAAAGCCUGCACUCUCUGCUGCUGAGCCACAACCACCUGAACUUCAUCUCCUCCGAGGCCUUUGUCCCAGUACCCAACCUGCGGUACCUGGACCUCUCCUCCAACCAUCUUCACACCCUGGAUGAGUUCCUGUUCAGCAGCCUGCACACACUGGAAGUGCUGUUGCUCUACAAUAACCGCAUUGUGGUGGUGGACCGGUAUGCCUUCGAUGACAUGGCCCAGCUGCAGAAACUCUACCUGAGCCAGAAUCUCAUCUCUCGCUUCCCUCUGGAACUGCUCAAGGAUGGGAACAAAUUACCCAAACUGAUGCUCUUGGAUCUGUCCUCCAACAAGCUGAAGAAGUUGCCGCUGGAGGAACUGAAGAAAUUGCCGGCGUGGGUCAAGAAUGGGCUAUACCUGCAUAACAACCCUCUGGAGUGUGACUGCGAUCUCUACCACCUCUUCUCGCACUGGCAGUACCGGCAGCUGAGCUCCGUGAUGGACUUCCAGGAGGAUUUGUAUUGCAUGCAUUCCAAGAAGCUGCACAGUGUCUUCAGCCUAGAUUUCUUCAACUGCAGCGAGUACAAGGAAAGUGCCUUGGAGGCUCACCUGGGAGAGAAAUUCAACAUCAGCUGUGAUACCAAACAGCAAGGGAUGACCAAAGUGUGGGUGACACCAAGCAAUGAACAGGUGCUAAACCAGGGGGCCAAUGGCACAGUGACCAUGCUCAAGGAUGGCAGUCUCCAUUUUAAAAGCGUGCAGGUGGAGGAUGGGGGUGUGUAUACCUGCUAUGCCAUGGGGGAGACUUUCAACGAGACCCUCUCUGUGGAGUUGAAAGUGUACAACUUCACCUUGCACGGACACCAUGACACGCUCAACACAGCCUAUACCACCCUGGUGGGCUGUAUCCUCAGUGUGGUUCUGGUCCUUAUAUACUUGUACCUCACGCCUUGCCGCUGCUGGUGCCGGGGUGUAGAGAAGCCCUCCAGCCAUCAAGGAGAUAGCCUCAGCUCUUCUAUGCUUAGUACCACACCCAACCACGAUCCCAUGGCUGGCGGGGACAAAGAUGAUGGUUUUGACCGGCGGGUGGCUUUCCUGGAACCUGCUGGACCAGGGCAGGGUCAAAAUGGCAAACUCAAGCCAGGCAACACCCUGCCGGUACCCGAGGCAACAGGCAAGGGCCAACGGAGGAUGUCAGACCCAGAGUCGGUCAGCUCGGUCUUCUCGGAUACACCCAUUGUGGUGUGAGCAUAGGCUGGUGGGGAGGUUCUGCCCCAGGAGAGGAAGUAUACCCCUGAGGGAUAUGAGGGGGGAUGGAAGAGAGGGCUGGAUGCCCAAGGGAGUGGGUUUCUCCUGACCGCCAGGGAAAUUGGUCAUGGGCACAAGAGCAGGCAAGUCCCAGUGAGGGUGUGGAUGCUGCAAGUUUCACCUACAGAUAUAUUCACCCUCAAGCAGAUACCGCACCCCUGCCCAAAGCCUUGGCUAUUCUCUGUGGUAGAGGAA